AUGGCGGAGAUAAAGCAAGAAGUGAAAAACCUGAACAGCAAGAAUAAAAAGGUGUUCCACGUGUUGCUGGACGCUCUGUACAAUUUUAAUGAUUGGCCGCACACUCGAUCUAAAUAUUAUUACAAGCCAUACAGACAUCUCAAACUUCGUAAGCGGGCCCUGGCUGCUCGCAAUGGAAAGACCAAGGCGAACGGUUCAAAGAAACAUUGA